AUGGCAGCAUUGGUCAGGGCUGCCACCGACGCCAACGUUCGGCAGAUUCAGCUGGAGCAUCAGGUUGUCGAAGGAGCAUACGAGUUGGUUCAACUUAAGUCUCAAUUGGACCAAGCCAACGACAAACUGCAGCAAACGGAAGCCCAGCUUGCGGCGACCCUCGCCAAUGCCUUGGAGCUCAAUACGACAAGGACCAAGUUGCACGACGAGAACACCAGAUUGGCCGCUCAACUUCAGAAGUACACGUCCGACGGCAACGUUGACAAUGCCAGCCGGGACAUGCCCCUGCGAGACGCACCGCAACAAAUCAGGUGA